AUGCCCGCCCUCACAGCAACCUACGCCUCACCCACAUCCCCUUCCCACUCCUUUUCCUCCGAUCUCCCCGCCCUGGCUUCACCACCCUCGACUGCCGACCGCGUCGCAUACCUGGCUGCGCUCGCAUCGGCGAUGAAAACCAUGCAAAAAGACGUCAACGAUUUCCUCACCCAGAAAAUGGCAGACGACAAGGCUGCCGACGAUGCAAAGGACGAGGAGACGUAUGGUGAGGAGGUGGUCGACGACGACUGA